AUGCUGUGCCGGCUUGGCGGUAGGUGGCUGCGGCCGCUGCCUGCACUGCAGUUAGGAGUCCGGGUCCCGCCUCUUGCGCCAACCUCGACGGGCGGCAUUAAGCACUCUGCUCUGCCCGCUUGGGCGGUGGCGUCAGUCUCUGCAGUGGGCUCCGGCGGCCCUGGCAGCUGGUACGAGGCCCUGGCCACGUCGGCGCCGGUGCAGGGCGCGGAGGAGGUGCUACUCGGCGUGCACACCGCCACGGGCCUGCCUUGGUGGGCCUGCAUCGGCCUCACCACCGUGGCUCUGCGCGGCGCCGUCACUCUACCCCUGGCCGCCUAUCAGCACUACAUCCUGGCCAAGGUGGAAAAUUUGCAGCCAGAAAUAAAAAACAUUGCAAGGCAUCUUAACCAAGAAAUUGCAAUUCGUGCAAAUCAGUUGAAAUGGUCCAAAAGAGCUGCAAGACUCACUUAUCUAAAGAAUAUGCGGAGGCUUGUUUCAGAGCUGUAUGUUCGGGACAACUGCCACCCUUUCAAAGCCACUGUGUUGGUCUGGAUUCAGUUUCCAAUGUGGAUCUUCAUGUCCAUUGCCCUCCGGAAUUUUAGCACAGGAGCAACACAUUCAGAAGCAGGUUUUUCUGUUCAGGAACAGUUGGCUAAUGAUGGGAUCCUGUGGUUUCGUGACCUCACUGCACUAGAUUCCACUUGGAUUCUGCCUAUCUCUGUUGGUGUCAUCAAUUUACUAAUAGUGGAGAUUUUUGCUCUGCAAAAAACUGGAAUGUCUCGUUUUCAGACGUAUAUUACAUACUUCGUUCGUGCAGUAUCAGUGUUGAUGAUUCCAGUUGCUGCGACAGUACCUUCAUCCAUUGUCCUCUACUGGUUGUGCUCCAGCUUCAUGGGCCUUUCACAGAACUUGCUGCUGCGUUCUCCUAGGUUUCGCCGACUUUGCCGAAUACCAUUGACCAAGUCAGAUUCAGACACUCCUUAUAAGGACCUCUUUGCUGCCUUUUACGCCAAGUUCAUUUCAAGAACAUGA